GACCGUGGCGGUGACCGAGGGCUGCGUGGAGGCCGCGGCUCGGCCGGAGCCAUGGGGGAGGAGGCGGCGGGGGUGCGGCCGGAGCUGGUGCGCGAGGCGGAGGUCAGCCUGCUGGAGUGCAAGGUGUGCUUCGAGAGGUUCGGCCACCGGCAGCAGCGGCGCCCGCGCAACCUGCCCUGCGGCCACGUGGUUUGCUUGGCCUGCGUCGCCGCCCUCGCGCACCCGCGGACGCUGGCCCUCGAGUGUCCCUUCUGCCGGCGGGCCUGCCGAGCCUGUGACACCAGCGAUUGCCUGCCGGUGCUGCACCUUCUGGAGCUCCUGGGCUCCACCCUCCACGCGAACCCGGCUGCCCUCAGUGCUGCCUCCUGUGCGCCUGGGGCUCUCACCUGCUACCACGCCUUUGGCGGGUGGGGGACCCUAGUGAACCCCACAGGGCUUGCACUGUGCCCCAAGACCGGACGGGUAGUGGUCGUGCACGACGGUAAGAGACGAGUCAAGAUCUUUGACUCCGGAGGAGGAGGAGCACACCAGUUUGGAGAGAAGGGGGACGCAGCGCACGACGUCAAGUACCCACUGGAUGUCGCCGUCACCAACGACUGCCAUGUGGUUGUCACCGACGCUGGCGACUGCUCCCUCAAAGUGUUUGAUUUCUUUGGCCAGAUCAAGCUGGUUGUGGGAAAGCAGUUUGCUCUGCCUUGGGGUGUGGAGAUCACCCCUCACAAUGGGGUCUUGGUGACUGACACAGAGGCAGGGACUUUGCACCUGCUGGAAGCGGAUUUCCCUGAAGGGGUCCUUCGGAGAAUUGAGAGGUUGCAAGCUCACCUGUGCAACCCCCGUGGGGUGGCUGUGUCGUGGCUCACCGGGGCCAUCGCGGUCCUAGAGCAUCCUUGUGCCUUUGGGACGGCAAGCUGUAGCAACACAAGGGUGAAGGUGUUCAGCUCCACUAUGCAGCUGAUUGGCCAGGUGGAUAGCUUCGGGCUGAACCUCCUCUUCCCCUCCAAAAUAACCGCCUCAGCUGUCACCUUUGAUCACCAAGGAAACGUGAUUGUUGCUGAUACCUCUGGUCCAGGCAUCGUGUGCUUGGGGAAACCUGAGGAGUUUCCAGCCCUGAAGCCGAUGGUUACUCAUGGCCUUUCCCGUCCUGUGGCACUGGUCUUCAACAAGGAGAAUUCUCUUCUUGUGCUGGAUACUGCAUCCCAUUCUAUAAGAGUCUAUAAAGUGAUGGAGGGUAAUGGAGGGUGAUGGGGACCCUGACACCUAGAGUCAGAAAUCCUGGUGUCUUUGGAAUGAGUCAGUAUCACUUAUCCAUCCAGGCAGGGAUAAUGGUAACUGCCUGGCAGACGCAGUUAUUAAAGACUAAUAGUUACAUUUGUCAUUCGGUGAAUGCCUAUUCCCGUGUUAAGAAAUUUGCAAAUCUUAGCCCAUUUGCUCCUUAACGGUGAUGUUAACUCCUGUUAUCAGUCUAUCUCGGAGAUGAGAAAACAGACCCAGAGCAUUCACGAUGGUUUCUUUAGAGUUGUAUUAACUGGGACAGUUGAAUUCAAUUCUGGCUCCAAACCACUUGCUUUUAAAUAAGAUGCCAGACGUCAAAAAAAAAAAAAAAAAAAAAAAAAAAAGUGAGCUGUGUCUUAUGUAUGUUCUCCCGACAAGUCAUAACUGGUUAGUUAAGUGGGCAAAGAGAUGAAAGAAGGGGGUCUCCAUGGAGCCUUUUUAGGAGAAAAGGGAAGGUGUCUGUCACCUUUAGCCGGGAGCUCCCCUAAAGGCAGAGUAGGUGGUUUAUUACCAUUCCAAGCUUUGAACAAGAAACAAAGUUGAACUCUAUCCUUACAAGGCAAAGGCUUCCAGAAUGAUAGUGUGUGUCAGAAUUCCAACACUUGGGCAGUGGAGGCAGGAAGUUCAGUGCAAUCUAUGGCUACCUAGUAAGUUGAAGCUAGGCUGGGCUACAUGACAUGUGUUAUCUCUCUCCCCCUCCUCCUUUCCCUUCCCUCCUCCUCUCUCUCUUCUCUCCCCUGGCCACUCCCUCUCUCUCCCUCUCCCACUUCUCUCUGCUUCCUCCAUGGGCACUAUUAGUGAUAGUUUGAGAAAAAUCAGAGCCGCUGCCUGCAAGCAUCAUGGGCAGAUGAGAGCGGUGCUAAUUAGAUGUUGCCCCAGCACACUGAUGGCAGAAGUGAUUUUGUUUGCUGUGUGAUGAAUCUCUGCCUCCUGAAGCGCUUCGUGAUGGGGGUUUUCUCUGUGUAAUUUGAAAUGUGAUUGAAACACUGCAUACCCAAUAAACAGUCCUCAUCCCUUUA